GCGGCGGCGGCGGCUGCCGUUGCGGUCUGUGCCGGGCUGCUGGCCCCCGUCUCAUGAGUGGGUCCUGCGCGGCGCCUCCCAGCCCCGGGGUUCAUGAAUGGCCCUGACAUGGAGGACAGGCCGGGUGCGAAAGCCCAGAAGGCGGGCGGGAGGAAGAAGCGGGGCUGCCGCGCUUGCUGCUGCUCGGCCGGGCCGCCGCCGCCUGCCCCGGCCGCCCCGCCGCCAGCCUCGGGAGCGGCGCCCGCCGCCGCCGCGCUGCUGGACGUGUCGGCCUGCGAGGACCAGUUCGCGUGCAAGGAGCUGGAGUCGCUCUUCCAGAACUACAACCUGAAGCUGGAGCAGACCUCCACCCUGAAGGCGCUGGCCGUGCUGAUCGUGCUGACCGCCAGCCUGGCCCUGCUGGAGCACCUGUCGGCCCCGAGCCUGAGCAUCACCAAGGGCUCCCACCCGGUGCACUGCAUCAUCUUCCUCUCCCUCUUCAUCGUCACCAACGUCAAGUACCUGCAGGUCACCCAGCUCCAGCAGAUCGUCAAGCUCACCCUGCUCUUCGCCUUCACCUUCGCCUUCCUCUGCUGCCCCUUCUCCCUGGGCGCCUACGGCCUGGAGCCCCCCGGCGCCCCCGAGCAGGGCAUGUGGCAGCUCAUGCUGGUCACCUUCGUCUCCUACGCCCUCCUGCCCGUCCGCACCCUCUUGGCCGUCCUCUUCGGCUUCGGGGUGGCCGUCUCCCACCUCAUCGUCGCCGCUGCCUCGGUCCGGGCCAAGAGGCAGCCCCUCUGGAGGACGCUGGUGGCCAAUGCUAUCCUUUUUGUCAGUGUAAAUUUGUAUGGGGUCUUUGUGAGGAUUUUGACAGAGAGGGCGCAGAGGAAAGCGUUCCUUCAGGCCAGGAACUGCAUAGAGGACAGGCUGAAACUGGAGGAUGAAAAUGAAAAACAGGAGCGACUCUUGAUGAGCCUUUUGCCCAGGAAUGUUGCCAUGGAAAUGAAGGAGGACUUCCUGAAGCCACCUGAAAGGAUCUUCCACAAGAUUUACAUUCAGAGGCACGACAAUGUCAGCAUAUUGUUUGCGGACAUUGUCGGGUUUACCAGCUUGGCAUCGCAGUGUACUGCUCAAGAACUGGUGAAGCUUCUGAAUGAACUCUUCGGGAAGUUUGAUGAAUUGGCUACAGAAAACCACUGUAGAAGGAUAAAAAUCCUAGGUGACUGUUACUACUGUGUAUCAGGACUGACGCAGCCCAAAACCGAUCAUGCCCACUGCUGUGUCGAAAUGGGAUUGGAUAUGAUUGACACCAUCACAUCGGUAGCUGAAGCCACUGAAGUAGAUCUCAAUAUGAGAGUUGGCCUGCACACCGGGAGGGUGCUCUGUGGCGUCUUGGGUCUUCGCAAAUGGCAAUAUGAUGUUUGGUCAAAUGAUGUGACUCUUGCUAAUGUAAUGGAGGCUGGGGGGCUGCCUGGGAAAGUGCAUAUAACAAAGACCACCUUAGAGUGCCUAAAUGGUGACUAUGAGGUCGAACCAGGGUAUGGCUUUGAAAGGAACAGUUUCUUGAAGAAGCAUAAUAUCGAAACCUUUUUCAUUGUGCCAUCUCAUCGAAGGAAGAUAUUUCCAGGGCUUAUUCUUUCGGACAUAAAGCCUGCCAAAAGGAUGAAGUUCAAGACGGUCUGUUAUCUGCUGGUCCAACUCAUGCAUUGCCGUAAAAUGUUUAAAGCCGAGAUACCUUUCUCCAAUGUCAUGACCUGCGAAGAUGAUGACAAGAGGAGAGCAUUAAGGACAGCCUCUGAAAAGCUCAGGAAUCGUUCCUCUUUUUCUACAAACGUUGUAUACAGCACUCCCGGAUCUCGAGUGAACCGAUACAUCAGCCGUUUAAUCGAGGCCCGGCAAACGGAGUCGGAGAUGGCGGACUUAAAUUUUUUUACCCUGAAGUACAAGCAGAUGGAGCGUGAGCAAAAAUAUAACCAGCUUCAGGACGAAUAUUUCACCAGUGCUGUAGUCUUGUCACUAAUUCUAGCUGCCUUAUUCGGCCUUGUCUACCUUUUAAUAAUCCCACAGAGUACCGUAGUCCUUGUCCUCCUGGUCUUCUGCAUAUGCUUCCUGGUGGCGUGUAUCAUGUACUUACAUGUCACUCGAGUACAAUGUUUUCCAGGGUGCCUGACAAUACAAAUUCGAACUGUUUUGUGUGUUUUUAUUGUGAUCUUAAUUUACUCAGUGGCACAAAGCUGUGUGGUUGGUUGUAUGCCUUGGGUCUGGAGUUCGAAUUCCAGCAGUUCCAUAGUUAUCAUGUCUCCCAGUGGGACGAAUGAGACCAUGAGCGAACUUCCAUGCGAUUCGGCCCAUUAUGCGUUCCUCUCUUGCGUUGUGGGGACUCUGACCCUGGCAAUAUUUUUACGCGUAUCUUCUUUGCCAAAAAUGAUCCUCCUGCUUUUUAUUACAAUUUUGUACAUAGUCAUUUUGGAACUCAGCGGAUACCGAAAAGCAGUGGGGGGUGGCUCCUUUUAUAUACGUGGCAACGAACCCAUAUUAGCCAUUUUGCUGUUUUCCUGUGCUUUAGCACUUCAUUCUAGGCAGGUGGAUUUGAAGCUACGUCUGGACUACCUCUGGGCUGCACAGGCAGAAGAAGAGAGGGAUGAUAUGGAAAGAGUGAAGCUGGACAACAAGAGAAUUCUCUUCAAUCUGCUGCCAGCACAUGUUGCACAACAUUUUCUCAUGUCUAACCCAAGGAAUAUGGACCUGUAUUACCAGUCAUAUUCACAAGUGGGAGUGCUGUUUGCUUCCAUUCCAAAUUUCAACGAUUUUUACAUUGAGCUGGAUGGAAACAACAUGGGAGUAGAGUGUUUACGCCUGUUAAAUGAAAUCAUUGCAGAUUUCGACGAGCUUAUGGACAAAGAAUAUUAUAGAGAUAUUGAAAAAAUCAAGACGAUUGGCAGCACUUACAUGGCAGCGGUGGGACUUGUGCCAACUACUGGCACCAAGGCAAAGAAAUCAAUUUAUUCCCAUCUUAGUACCCUUGCUGAUUUUUCAAUAGAAAUGUUUGACGUUCUUGAUGAAAUCAACUAUCAGUCUUAUAAUGAUUUUGUUCUCCGAGUUGGUAUUAACGUCGGCCCCGUAGUGGCUGGCGUUAUUGGUGCCAGAAGACCCCAAUAUGACAUCUGGGGUAACACUGUAAAUGUUGCCAGCAGGAUGGAUAGUACCGGAGUGCAAGGUAAAAUCCAGGUUACAGAAGAAGUUCAGCGAAUACUGAAAAGGUGCAAUUAUGAGUUUGCUUGUCGUGGCAAAGUCAGCGUCAAAGGGAAAGGUGAAAUGUUGACUUACUUUCUCGAAGGGAAAUCUGAUGGGAGUAACUCACAAACGAGGUCUUUAAACUUAGAACGUAAAAUGUACCCCUACGGACGAGCAAACAUUCAGACUAAACUGGGCACCAGCUGCCCGUCUAUGUCCUCUUCCCCCAGCCUUUCGGCAAAUGCUGGGUCCGCGACGCUCCAACCACCGUCUGCCCACACAACUCUGACGCUUCAUUACCUUCCUUCAGUGCCAGCCGUAAAGGAGGCGUGAGAGCAAAGGAAACGCUGCUUGUGCCGUUGCGCUGAACAUGGAGAGCAAAGGUCACCUGGAUUCUCAUCAAGAACCUGAAGGCGACAGGAUUUGGUACCAAUCAAGGAUGUCUACAACCCAACCAAAGAGAACUUGGGAACCAGAUGUACGAACUCUUGGAAUGGAUUAAAUAAGGGCUAGCAAUUCUGUUAGAAAAGUCUACUAUUGAUUUUCGGAAGAGAAGGAAUAUUUUCUUGGCAAUUAUUAAGGGUAAAUGGGAUGGGGAAAAUCAGGCAAAGGAGAUUGCAUAUGUGCAUAUAUAUGUGUGUGUGGGUGUGCGUGUGUGUGUUGGGAACAGUUGACACUCACCAGUGAAUUUUAACAACCUUUGCAUUGGCGUUUGUCAAUACAGUGUUUCUUUUUCGCUGAAUGUUGGCAGUUUCCAGUUUCUGACAUAGUGCCAAUCUAUUUAUCUGUCUAUAUAUAUAUGCACAUAUAUAAACAUUUCUGUAUUCCAGAUACAGAAAUGGCAGAAAUUUAUAUGUAUAGAAGUUUAUUUAAUUACACCCUGCAGUGGCAAAGGGAGAGAAUUCUCCUAUCAUAUCCAGCAAGGGUUUAUCUAGAAAAAUUUUGUAACUGCUGAUUAUGUGGAAAGUACAGGUGAAAUGCAACACAGCUAAGGCUGUAGAAAGAACUAUGGAGUCCUUUCUCAUUGAACUUUUUAAAAAAGAAACAAAGGGAUAAUCAGCACUUAUUUUAAUGUAGGAUGUAGUUUUCCAACAACACAAGGCUGGGCUGCAGGUAAUUCACUCAAGAUAAGCUGGAAUCUACCAUAGGUGGCACCAUUCAUACAGGCCUUUCGCUAUACUUGCAUCAUAUCGCAGGUGGCUGCAUGAAUACCAAAACCCUAUAGGUGGGACAGAUUGCAUCAAUUAUUCCAGUAUCUGAUCGUCCCUUGCCUGAGAGGGAGAGAGGUUGAUGAUGAUUGGUUGGAAAGGAUGCAUUCAUCCCGCUGGGUAUAGACGUACAGCUCCAGCUUUUAGGUAUGUCCUGCAUUGGCAUGGGAUGUAAUCAUAAGAGAAGCCAUUCCUAUGCAGCUGGAGGGGACACGUAUAAAUUGGCCUCCUGCUAAUCAUCUCGAGUAAAUCCAGUUUGCCUCUGUGUAAACGCCAUGCAACCGUGGCAAGCGUGUGCAUGCCAAAAGGAUACCGGCGAGAUGUUGAGAGCUUUGCCUUUUCAACGGGUCAAAAUGGCCGACCAUUUAUACAGGCUUGUUAAAAAGGAGCAUUUGCCAACACAUCGUUGUCUGCCAGUCUUUCACAGAUCUCGAUUUCAGCGGGAGAUCUGUGCUCAGCUGCCAUUCGGAGAUUCUCACUGGCUAGCUUGUCAGUAGAACCACGUUUCGUUUUCUUGCUUAUUUUGAGAGGUUUUCUCUUCUCCCACUUUGAUAGGGUGAAUUAAUAAGGUAUUGAUGCGUCUUUUUGCACAACGGUCACUUCAGCAUCUCAAGUGGAAGCAGUAUUUUUUUUAAAAAAAACACUGCAAUUUUAGUCUGUUGGGGGAAAUUGUUAGCUGUUUCCUCAAAACAGCAAGAGCUCAGACUGUUAUAUGUAUGAUAAGGGAUGUGUUGGGAGGAACACAAAAAAUUAUAUAUAAAUAGCUCCCCUCUCCUUCUUUCAGCUCAUUCCUGAAAAAAUUAUUUUGUGUGGAUGUGUUCCCAAAGUCAAGCUGUAAGGAUGAACUUGUUAUAGCAUCUCAGAGGUUUCCAGACCUCUUCUACUAAUUUGUACGGGCUUCCCAUUUCCCUUCAGAAAGAUCACAUGGAUUCAUAAUGGGAGACCAGCCAGCAUGGGGUUAAUACAGGAUCUUGUGUAAGCUGCAGUUGUAAAAUGCUAAUCGUGGAAGAGUUGUGUCAAUUUGGCAGGAGGUUAUUAGGGGUCUGUCAAUCGCAAGCACAAUAUUUCACAUGAGUUUGCACAAUUUUCUCUUAAUAAGGUAACAGUAAUAAUUAAAAGUCUUUUACUCUCUGCUGGAGCUGACGAGAUAUCAGAGGACUUUUGGGGGGAACUAUUUGCAUAAUGUCCCUUCGGUACUUUUUCAUUUUGAAAACUGCUUUGCGUUGUUAUUUUGGAGAUCGUGAAUAGAGCUUCAGUUGAACUAUUAUUUAACCAAUUGCAACCCUUUUUCACGUUUUGCACAAGCAUUCUUUAAAAUGCUGGGUAUUCAAGGGUUCAGGUUUUGGCACCCUCUGAGUGCCAAAAUCUGCCGAGUGUUAUAUUGGUAAUAAUCUUCAUUACCCUUGAGUUGUGGUGAUAGGUUAUAACAGCAGAUUUUGGUCUGAUUCUGCCUUUGCUGUAGUAAAUGAGGCAAAGAAGAGCAAUUUUGUCCUUCAAAAUCAGGGUAUGCUCUGUGCCAUUCAGCGCUCUUGAGACCAGUUUGCACAUUCUUCCAGCCAGGCAGCUUCUCCGUGUGGAUCGUCUCCAUCACUCCCACUCUGGGUACAAACAACAAGAAGAGUUUGGAUCUGUACCCUGCUUUUCUCGACUGUAAGGACUCUCCUUCCCUUCCUUACCCAACCACUGAGAGAGUUCUGAAAGAACUGUGUCUAACCAAGAUAACCCAGUAUGCUUCAUGUCGAGGGGUGGUGAAACAAACUGCUUCACCAGAUAACAGUUUAUCUGCUCUUAACCAUUACACCGCACUGGCUCUCCUACAAAAUAACUAUGACAUCCUGCCAAUCAUCAGACCCAACCAUGUGAUGGCUUAUUUUGUAGGAUCUUCCUCCUCCACCCUGAUCAGGGGAAUAAUUGCAUUAAUAACACCUAGAUGCCCUACCUGGAUGGCCCAGGUGCCAGGAAGUUCCCAGGAAGCUCUGCAGGGCUUAACCCUGGUUAAUUCUUGGAUAGGAAAUCAUCACCAGGGUUACUCUGCAGGGGUAGGCCAUGGUGAACCAUCUCUGAACGUCCCUGGCUUUGAAAACCUUUUGAGGGAUCACCAUCAGUUGGUUACAACUGGAUGGCACUUUCUACCAUCACAUAGAACUCCCAUGGAACAAAAUGACUUUAGGUCAACCAGCCUUUAUUGUUGUUUAGCCAGAAGCCAGGUGAAUGUGCAAACUGGACCAAAGAGACUGAGUAAAAAUCCAACCCAACUUUGCUAUCAGUCAUUUAAUCACUUGUUUUGAGACUAUCGUAGGGGCCAGUUUGAAUGAGGCUCCAUGCGGACCCUGCAUGAGGUGAGGGAAUGAAAUCACUUAUGCCUCCUCGUCCUUCCUCCAGUGGCCAUGCCUGUCCUGCCUUUGGGUCAUUGGGUCCAACAUGGUUUGCGUUUGAGAAGCUGCAUCGGACUAGAACUCGAGCACGCAGAAAGUCUUGAGAAACCGAGGGCACUUCCGCACAUGCAGAAUAAGGCACCUUCGAUCCACUUUUAGUGAACUUUGCCUCUGGAAUUUUCGGUGCAAAGUAGCCAAAUCCACUUGCAAACAACUGCGGAAGUGGGUCGAAAGUGCAUUAUUCUGCACGUGCGGAAGUGCCUUGAGGCUGGGCUCGGCCUUCAGUCCGUUGCCUUGGACUUCAGCGCCAGUCAUCUUGAGGAACAGAUUCAAGCCCGUGAGAACGUAUCUGAGGAAGUGAACUCUGACUGAUGGGAGUCCAUAUGAAAGCAGAUGAGGUUACUCUUUAAGGUGCCACUGGACUUUUGUUUUAUCACAAGAACUUACAGCACGAGACGCCCGUUUGUCUUUAAGGGGGCACCAGAUUCCUUUUCAUUUUGCUGCCACAGGCUAGCAUGCCUGUAGUCCUCUGGAACGGGCAGUUUGUUAGUGGUUUGGCUUCCUCAUUUGCAUUGGGUUUGUACAUAUACCAUCUAUUGCAGGGGUCCCCGGCAUGGUUUCUGGGGGCCCAGUGAUACCUUUUUGGUGACCACCAAAGUAAUUGGGUCCAGCAGGGCACCUGAUUAGCCUUAGGAGACCAGAGUGGUUGUGUAGAUCUUUAGCAAUCCUGCUGUGGCAUCUAUGGCUGCCCCCAUGACUCAAGGAUCUUCAAUGUGAAACUGAAGGUAAACUAUGUGUAGGCAAGAAAAUGCUCUUCAACAGUAGUUUCAUCGUAAAAGGCAUCCUUUUAAACAGAGCUUCUGCCUGAAAUGUUGAAGACUUACUAUUAGGGUUGUACAUAUCCACACUCCCAUUACAUUCUGGGAUGGUUGCCACCAUUCUGUUGGCAGAAUUGCAAAGCUCCCUGCAGUCUCAAAAAAGGUUUGGGACCUCUAAUCUAGUGUCGAUUGCCACGGAAUUGUUUCCCAGAUAAGUCUGAAAGAUCCAAGGUCGCCGAUUUAACCUUAACUAAUUAGCCAACCUUUUGUCACAAUGGCAUCUACCAUGGGCCUUUCCCCACUUACCGUUUGCUGCGCGCUACUGUCCCCAAAUAGCGCGUGGUCCAGUGGCGCUCCCCACGAGUCCGG